CUCGCACUUACGCGUGGAGAUCGGCCGUGCGUCGUGUCAUCAGAGCAGCUAAGCAUAUUCCGCCUUCUCACCGGCAUUUCCUCGAGCGAGAAAUUCUACGGAACCUCGUCGUCGUGACAAACGGCACGUUGGAAAAGCGUUCAGGUGGUCGGUCGUUUCCUCGACCCGAGGAAACGAUAGGAAUACGACGUGGAAACGACGUUGAGGCGAGAACGCUUCGCAGUGGCUCGGCGAAGCUUCGGGGAAGAUCGGCGAGACUCGGCGAGUUUCGGCGGCGCGUGGAGAGGUGAUCGUGCGCAUGCCCGCUCCAAGUGACCGCGCAGGUCGAAGCCUGUGAGGCGAGCGUCGUUCCUCGUGACUGUUGUCAUCUCUGUCGCGCAGGCAGGUUGCGGAGCGGCAGUCACAAGGAGAGACCGAGCUCCGACCUAACGAAGGAAAGAAUUAGGUAUACGGAGGACGGAGCACGAGCAACCGAGGGGGAGAGAGAGAGAGAGCGAAGAGCGGAAUCACGUGGAGGGGAUGUCUGGGAGCGAGUGUGAGUGAGAGAGAAAAAGCGCGAGAAGAGGGGCGAUAGAUUAAGAAGCGGAGGAGUGCGACGGUGGCAGGCAGAUCUUUCGAGAGGAACGCCGGGAAGACCGGCGCGAAUCCAUCCACAGAGAAGGAGCUUAAGGAGCAUCCUUCGCACCUUGGCCAGCCGGCGAUCGUCGCGCAGGAAACGGAAGACGAUUUUACCGGACAUCGACAGACUAUCUCGCCUUGACUUCGCUCAUCCAAGGCGCGAACCGAUCGCGCCGGAGGACCGGUAGAGGCGUCUACCUCUGUCCCUUUCAAGGUGGACGUCGACGCAUUCGAUGCUUCAUCCCUUCCUGCAUAGGCUUCGCGGCCUCUCCUUCUGAAAACACCUUCAAGUUUGGUCUAUUCCGGAGCGAAAGAUGAUUCUCUCGGUCAUCUUCUUAUCGAUCCUUGCUGCAACGACACAUGGCUUACACAACAAACUCACGGAGGAAGAAUGUCCCGUGGACUGCCACUGCCAUUACUUCCGGAUCAACUGGGUUACCGAUUGUUCCGAGAGUAAUCUCACCUGUAUACCUUACGACGAACUCAGCCCCAAUGUUUAUAUCUUGGAUAUGAAUGGGAAUAAUAUUGAACAGCUGGCAGCCUUUUCAAAGGGCAUUAAACUUCGACGCCUGCAAAUGGCGCAUAACCGUCUGACGGAACUCAAGUAUGAAUCGUUUGCUGGAUUAAACUAUCUUCUGGAUGCGGAUUUCUCUUACAACUUUAUUAGAAGAAUCGACCCAGAAGCGUUUAGGGACAGCCCAGGACUUAUUACUUUAGAGCUCCAGAACAAUCCACUCGGGGAAAUCGAUGGUCAUUUCCUGAACUGCCGAACUCUACUGUAUCUUGAUUUAAAUUCGUGCGGCAUUCGUCGGCUCAACGAUCGAUUCUUCCACAAUACGACCAACUUAAAUAAGCUCGAUCUCUCUAACAAUCCACUUCGGAGAAUCGAGCCAGGACCGUUCGACCACCUUACGAGCUUGGAAUACCUGAAUCUAAAUGCAUGCAAUUUAACGCACGUGUCACCCGAUGCGUUUUCGCAUUUGGAAAAUUUGCGUGAACUGAAGAUGGCCGAGAAUGAUCUAAAAAGCAUCAGUUGGACAAACUUAUUAGCCCCGUUGGUUCGUCUGGAGCAUUUGGACAUAAGAAAGACUGGCAUUACCAAUUUGCCUGGAGAUGCGUUCGCUAAGAAUCUGUAUCUUCGACAGUUGGUUCUUGCGGAAAACGAACUCUGGCAUCUCGAUGUCGGUAACACGCUCGGCCACAACUUGCAUAGCCUCCAAUCACUGGACUUAUCCCACUGCAACUUGCAGGACCGUUUGUCCGAGGAGGCAUUUAGAAAUGCAAGUAAAUUGCGCGUGCUGAAGCUGGACGGUAAUCCAAUGUUUGCUGCCGAUUUAACUGCCGUACUACGCCAUUUACCGAAGCUGCACAAACUCUCGCUGAGCAACUGUAGCCUGCGAAAGUUGCCAAGUGCUUUCGACGUGCUGGAGAAUCUUCAGGAAUUGGAUAUCUCUCACAACCCCCUGAACAAUGCAUUCGUCAGUCUUUUGAAUCCUCUGAGGUCGUUGGAGUACCUGGACAUGUCUUAUUGCAAUCUGGGAUACGUUGGCAACAAUACGUUCGCGCAAAUGACCUCGUUGAAGAAGCUCGUUCUGUCGGGCAAUAAGUUCCACACCCUGGAGGAAGGACUAUUCGCCAACCUGACGCGCCUGGAGAGCCUGGACCUGAUGAACUGCGGCCUGAAGGCCCCGAUCGACCCCAAAGUCUUCGGUGACCACCCCUACGCGAACGUGAUGGAGCUGAAGAUGAGUGGUAACCCAUUGACCGUGACGGACGAGUCCCUUAUUCCGAAACAACUGUCUCGCCUGGAAAUUCUCGACGUGAGCGACUGUAACUUGACACAGCUGAACGAGAAUGCGUUCAUACGUGCGAAGAAUCUGACUCAUCUGAACCUGUCCAACAAUAGACUCUCGGGCUCGGAGAAUCUGGCGUUCCUGAAGAAGCUGCGCCUACUGAAGCACGUAGACCUGAGCAACAACAACUUCACUACCAUUCAGCCUCACGUGUUUAAGGGGAACCCUCAUCUCCUUUCGGUGAACCUCCUGGGGAACCCGUUUGUGUGCAACUGUUCGAUCGUCGCUACGUGGGACUGGGCCGUUCACGUAAAGAACGACCUCCACGUUCUGGUUGGUAGCCAGCCCUCCCAGUUCACCACCGGAGCUGCAAAGUUGAGGAAGAGCCUGGCUUGCUCGUACGACGAACAGACCUAUAGGACUAUCAUGGACCAAAGUCGCACAUCCACGGAUCGACGGCCGUUCCUUCGGAAGGGUGAUCUCACGCCCAACCGAACUUGGGCUAAGUACAUUCGAGAAUCGAAUUGCGGUCGUCAGUCAUGAUAUACGUGCGGCAGAUUUCAACAUCCGAUACUAAAUAUCUAUUACCAAGCCAAACAUAAACCUAGAGUAGAACUGUAAAGAAUGUCACGGUAGGACUUCGAAGUGGGUCGAAGCAUGCGUACACCCUAUUGCCAGUUCCCUCAUGAAACGUGGACACACAAAAGAUCGUGCUACAUAUAUUCGUAUCUUUUCCUUAGCGAGUCAAGUUUCUUUUCCUCGUUAUCUCCACGAUGUCCCAAUGGAAGAGUUCCGUAAUUGUCGCAUUAUUUAUAUCGGAAGGCAGAAAAAGUAGCCAAUAUCGUUGUUGAUCUCGGAUCCUAUAUCCAAUGUUCAGCUGAGGCCGGAUUAAUGGGGAAGAAAGUCACUAAAGCGGUGCUCUUGUUGAUGUUGCGGCAGAGUGCUUCUUUCGGUAAAAUUGACCUCACUUAGAGACCGGGUAUGCCCUCGCUGGUUCUUGAACCAAAGAUUCGCCGCUGUUACAAAUCCGUAAAUACUCUAUUACCGUUGUUAACAUCUGGGAAACUUGAUGAGAUUUAUUUACCGAUCCUGAGACGACGGAUUCAAUGUUCUCGGGAGAUGUGUACUUUUUAUAUCAAGCAUAGAUUAGAUACGGUCGAGCUAGUGAACUACGUCAAAGUAGAUUCUCGAGAUCAAUCGACAUGGCGUAUUGGGUUCCCCAAGAACUGAAAGUGACAUUUCGGUCCAUGUUGAAGUGACGUUCUUCAGCGGUCUGAAUGAAAAGACCGUGUAUUCGGAUAUUGAAAUCUGGUCACCGGGUGCAAGGAACUUACACUCGAAGUUCCAUCCCACGCGUUCGUUUUUGAGGUGUGAAGGAUAGUGACCAGUUGAACUGGAUGUUAAGGUUGCAUCGGAGUUCGGAUAAGAUUUUUUGAUACGCGGAUCUAAAUAAAAUAUAAUGUUUCUAAUGCGAUCGUUACGAUAUCACGCAAACUGUCCAUGCGUAUUCUCAUGAAGGUACCUUGGUCAUUUACGGACGCGGCAAGACGUCACCGCGUUCAUACGCGGGUGGUUAAAUAUUUAUGUAAUUGCUGGGAUUAUGAGCGUCUUAUCUGAGAUCCGUUCUCACCCAUUGGUAGCUUUUUGAAAAUAGAAUUGUUGUACAUAUGUUUCUCCUGUUAUUUAAAGCUUGACCUGUUAUUUGUACAACACAGAAGCAUUUUAUUAUCAGUUUCACUGAACGGAAUUUAAGUAACUCUUCGUAUAAUUAAACGCUCCAUGUAUUCCUUUAAUUCAGUAUAUAUAUAUAUAUACCACCUGAAAAAGAUCAUAUCUGUAACGAAACAUUUUCGCAAAGUUACGCAAUGAUCCCGCCGGUAAUGUCUUGUUCUGCGUGAAAAAGAAAGAAAAAAGAAACCAAACGAGAGGACAUCGAUUUCGAGUUCUCCCUAACAUUUCAUCGGAUAUGUACCUCAUCAUUUGCAUGUUGCCUGCCACGCACUGGCAAUUGAUUCUUCCUACAGAGGGUUGCGCGAACGAUGGCCACCCUCAUUGAUACGAGGAUUCACAAGUCCAUUCGAAAAUAUGUACCAUCACGAUUUCACUGAAUUAACCUAUGUACAAGACUGUUUAUUAAAGGCGUCUUUUUCUUCGUA